AGGAAGAGGCAGAACCGAAACAAAACAGAUCAUGGGGAGGGAGGUAGCAGAGAGCUGCUUCGAUGGCUUGAUCAUCGAGAUGGUGUCGGCGUACGGCCGGAGGUUCUACGCCACUAAACCGGACCUCGCCUCCCGCCGGAUCGAGGCGAUCGGCUUUCAGGUCGGCCACCAGCUCAUCGAGAGGUAUACUGUGGAACGUCCUCGUUUUAGUGAUCAUCUUGAGGCAAUCAAGUUUAUAUGCAAAGAAUUCUGGUCAGAACUGUUCAAGAAGCAGAUUGAUAAUUUGAAGACCAAUCACAGGGGCACCUUUGUUCUGCAAGACAAUAAGUUCCGUUGGUUUACUCGUGUAUUGAUUGAUCCUUCAUCAGAAGACAAUGAAGCAUCUCAGGGCUCUUCAUCUGAAGCCACAAGCAUGCUUCUACACUUCCCAUGUGGAAUUAUAAGGGGAGCCUUGUCCAAUGUGGGAAUUUCCUGUGCUGUUUCUGCCGACGCAUCAAAUCUCCCCUCAUGUUCGUUCAUGGUACGCAUAAAAGUCUAGAGAACUCAUCAAGGGCAUCAGAUGCUAAUGUCACCGUUUUGAUUCUCAAGGAGUUGCUUGCUACAUUUUCCUCUUCUUCGUUUUUUUUAAAGUGAACUAACAAAAAUCGUCUUAUUAUCUAUUUCUUGCAACUACACUGCUACUUCUCGAGAACAUAUUCGUUUAUUUUCCUAGUCUAUUGAUUUUGUCUGAAACAGCUGAGGUGAUCACAUUCCUGAGCAUCUCUGCUGGCAGAAUUUGACUUAAAUCUAUCUGGUCAAGGUUGCUACGUGGAAUGUUGUUUGUUUUUUUAAAAGAAAGUUUAGAUGAUUAAAUUAAUACUAAUUCUUGUUUAAAUAUGUUGAAUCAAGGAAAAACGGCUCAAAACUUCCAAGUAAUAAACUAUUCUUUCUCCUUA